AUGCAGUCAAUCGAUCUUCGAGGCAGACAAGGAGCUUCUGGAACGUUAGCAAGAGCUACGGACCCCUUUUCGAGACCCGCGGAACCUCCCUCAAUGUUACCGAACGACCCAAGCACUCAAACUACCCUCGACGAACCAAACGAAGACGCGUCGGACCUCGAUUUUGACCUCGAUUCACUACCGUAUUCGAAGCCAGAGAGUCACACAAGGGCUAGAUUAAUUAUCGAGGACUUCUUGGACAUAAAGAGUAAAGGAUUAAGAGACCACGAGCUUUGGUCUUUAUUCCGACACGCUUUCGCUCGAUGGACCGCGGACGAGUUCUCGUUGGCCGCUAAACAAGCACACGGCCGAGGAAGCAAGUUUACUUUGCUUAUUAGACUAAGGGAUUACUUAAUGUCUAAGGGAGUUUGCAUACUCGAAAAGGAAAACGAAGAACUCCGACGUCAAAAUAACGCUAUUGCGCGAGACCUCGACGACCUCCCUCUUGCUAGCAACCCUAACGACCUUGACGGCUCGGACGGUGAUCCAGAAGGAGGGAAUAGAGGGGGAAGCGAGUGGAAUGGGCACGGAGGAAGAGGAAGAGGACACGGUGGCCCGAUAAGGGGACAAGGAAAUGAGCCGCUAAGGGACCCUGGACGAGGAUACGAACCCCUCGGCGAACCUGGGCCAAACCGACCCCUUACCAGCACCCUUUUUUCGACCCGAGUGCUAGCCAGGCACAGCACACUUGCGUACGGCACCUUAGGCGACCCCGACGACGAUUUUCUUGAACUCGGAACAACGGACCCUUACUCGAGAGCAAAAGAAUUAGCUUUAUUUGCAAGGAGUUUCCCUAAGGAAUUGAAAUAUUCAGGUCCUAAGAAUGACUUUAAUACUCGGCUCAGGAUUUUUGCCGAUCACGCGUGCCGAUACGGGUUGACAACUGACGAUUACCUGGCUGCUUUCCUUAUUAUGCUAGCAAGGGAAGCAAUUGGGUUUUAUUACAACUACGUGAUCAAAGCUCAGCUACCUACUUUUAAGGCAAACGCUAUUGCAGUGAGGGACCAUUUUGAGACUGACCAACGGCGGCAAGCUAAUUACGACCGUUGGGAAGAAAUCUUAUUGGAAUUGAUUCGAAAGGAAAAUCCAGCCAAUUCGUUAGCUGAAUGCUUUGAAAAGCUCGAAAGGGAGUUGAGAACAGUGCAAAGAGCUCUCCGUCCAGGUCUGAGGGACGAUAAGAGUCUCGCUGAUAAGCUGUAUUCAGCUUGUAAAAACGUGCUAGAGACGACUAUUGCGCGGAUGAACCUCGCAAUCACUUCUACCGCCGCAAUUGCUGACAUUCGCCGAGCAAUUGCAUUUGCAACUGAAAGCUUACGACCUCCCGCCAAAGCAAGCAGAGCUUACGCGAGCUCUAGCGAGCCAUUUGCUCAGCACUCCUCUCAGCACUCCUCUUAG